GUCAAACGCAACCUACAGCUCAUUUUGCCAAUGGCCAUCACCGCCGACGUCAAGAGCCAAUUGUUCAAGCCUAGCUCCAAUGCAGGCAGUGGCAGCGAGCUCAUCCGUCUACCGUCGGAUACGCCGCCUUCGCCCUCCAGCUCGUCAGACGGAGAGAAAAUGUCGCCUUCCAACACCAAUGGCCGCGCAUGGACGGCAGAGGAGCACAACCGCUUCCUCGAAGGUCUCGAGCUGUUCCCUUCGGGACCGUGGAAGGAGAUCGCAGCACAUGUGGGUACCCGUACCACCCGUCAGACCAUGACCCACGCACAGAAAUACCGCGAGAAGAUCGCUCGUCGAAAGCGCGGCCUGCGCUCGUCGGUCAAGGAAGCGCGCUCGUUGAAGCGUCGACGUGACCAGAAGAAACGCAACGCGGCAGCGUCACCCUGUUCAGUGGCGGACCCGCAGAUGACCUUAAUCCCUACACAGUCGGCAAGAAGAGGCGUGGACCCCAUGGACUUUCACGGGUGCUUCAUGCCUGGGCCAGUGAGCCAGUGCCAAUUUUACGGCAUGGCUCCGGUCCAACAAGCAGAGUUCGCCAACUUUGCGGCCAUGCUAAGCGAUUUUGACCCGCUGCCCAUGUCCGAGGAGGAAAUCGACUUUAUCCUUGAGGCUGCAAUGGUGCAGACUCCAGUAGUACAGACACACACCGCGUUCGUCCUCUGACGAUUUUUUUUUCAAGAUUCAACAGUAAAAAACAAGCAACUACAUGAACCACAAAUGCACCCGACGGCAAGACCAAGAACCAACAAGGAUUAACACUCCUAAGCCCCCAUUCGCCACGCACAUGCAUGCUACCGCAGUUACGCCAUUGCAUGUCAAUUCUUGGAGGCACACUUCGUAGGGAUAGUUAGAACUUAGUACGCCCCAUGGACACU